CUGAGGGCUGCUUGUCCUGGAAGAACGAGGGAAAGGUGGCAGCUGCUGUCUCUGAGGACAUUGUGGAGUCCCUGGGAGACCCUCUGCCCUUUCUCCCUCCCACCAGCCCAGGCAAGCAGGGACCAAGCUUGCUUCUUGUCACCUGACGCUGGGCAGCCGCUGAUCCCAUUGGUGGAGCCAGAUUCGGUCUGGCUCUCUCGUCGUUUCUUGCCUUCUCUGCCUCUCUCUCCUCCUCACCGCUUUGAUUUCGCUCUUGCCUCUCUCCUUGCGCUGAGAACGUCGCCUCUCCGGGGGCAGCAGCAGCAGCUCACUGCAAAGCCAGGCAGGAGCUGCCUGCGGGGCAUGGAAGAAGCCUCCUGGGCAGCUGUGAGAAGAGUGAGAGGAGGGAGCGAGCGCCGCUGCCCGUGACCAGGCGUCCAGUGCUGCCCUCCGCCUGGGGAGCCCAUCCACACAGAAGUCUCGCCCUUCUCUCCCUCCCAGGUCUUUCUUCUGCAGAGCCCGGUGGAGCCAGUCCCCACAGGAGCCAAACCAGAGGGGAGCAUGGAGCUGCUGUCCACACCCCACAGCAUCGAGGUCAACAACAUCACCUGUGACUCCUUCCGCAUCUCCUGGACCAUGGAGAACAGUGACCUGGAGAGGGUCACCCAUUACUUCAUUGACCUCAACAAGAAGGAGAACAAGAACUCCAACAAGUUCAAGCACCGAGAUGUCCCCACCAAGCUUGUGGCCAAGGCCGUGCCACUGCCCAUGACAGUGAGAGGCCACUGGUUCCUGAGCCCCCGCACGGAGUACAGCGUGGCGGUGCAGACUGCCGUGAAGCAGAGCGACGGGGAGUACCUGGUGUCAGGCUGGAGCGAGACAGUGGAGUUCUGCACUGGGGAUUAUGCCAAGGAGCACCUGGCCCAGCUGCAGGAGAAGGCUGAGCAGAUCGCAGGCCGCAUGCUCCGCUUCUCUGUCUUCUACCGCAACCAUCACAAGGAGUACUUCCAGCAUGCCAGAACCCACUGUGGGAACAUGCUGCAGCCCUACCUGAAGGACAACAGUGGCAGCCACGGCUCCCCAACUAGCGGCAUGCUCCACGGCGUCUUCUUCAGCUGCAACACGGAGUUCAACACCGGCCAGCCCCCCCAGGACUCCCCCUACGGCCGCUGGCGCUUCCAGAUCCCCGCCCAGCGCCUUUUCAACCCCAGCACCAACCUCUACUUUGCGGACUUCUACUGUAUGUACACGGCCUACCACUAUGCCAUCCUGGUGCUGGCCCCCAAGGGCUCCCUGGGGGACCGCUUCUGCCGUGACCGCCUGCCCCUCCUGGACAUUGCCUGCAACAAGUUCCUGACCUGCAGCGUGGAGGAUGGGGAGCUGGUCUUCCGCCACGCCCAGGACCUCAUCCUGGAGGUCAUCUACACGGAGCCCGUCGACCUGUCCCUGGGCACCCUGGGCGAGAUCAGCGGGCACCAGCUCAUGAGCCUGUCCACUGCCGAUGCCAAGAAGGACCCCAGCUGCAAGACCUGCAACAUCAGUGUGGGCCGCUAGGGACGCUUGGGGAGCCGGGGGUCUAGGGAGAGAUGACAGGCAGGGAGGCGAUGGGUGGCAUAGGUUCAGGGAGCUGGCUUUCUCUCCUCUGCCCCCCUGCUCCCUCCAUACCAUCAGUCUCCCCCUUUCCCACCCCUUGGCAUUAGAGGCAAUAGAGAGUAGUCCUCUUGGUAGGCAUGGCCCGCCCAUGCCUGGUGGACUUGGAAAGGCUUCUUAGCCUCAGUAGGUUGGAGUGGGGGGGUGGAUUUCUGGAGACUCCCCUUCCCCCGGUUUCCCUGUCCUGCAGUUUCUCGCUUCAUCCCGGGCCUCCAUCUCAUGGAGACCUGCAGCCUCCGGGCCCUCCCAGGGAAGCCUCUCCGGGCCAAAGCCCAUGUGUAGCUUGCCUGCCUCCAGAGGCGAUGCAGAGAGCUGUGGGGUGCUCUUCCUUAGCCCCACCCGCCCCACUCAGGGCCCACACAGAAUGCCCCUCCCCACUCAGCUGGGCCCCCUGGGCUUCCCCCCUCCAGGCCGCCCUUUCCCUCUAUAAAUAGUCUCCUGCACCGCUGUGACCCCGGCUGCUCCUCGCCCCACAGCACCCUCUUCCUGCAUGGGGAGAGCCGUCCUCUCCUCUCCACCCACCCUCUAGAAGGGUCCUCUUUUUCCUCUUGGCUUUGGGGCCCCAGGCUGUUGGGAUUGUUCCUCUUCUGUCUGGAGAUGAUAUAAACCCCAGAGUACUUUUCCCCUUACUCAGAGCGCUGGGGUUUGGAAUGGCAGCCACUGAGGUCGAGGAGGGGGAAAGAGACCCCUGAGACCCAGAAGGACCCCUUCCUCAGCUGGGAGUGGGCUGCCUCUGGCCUGAGGGGACCCGUGUGGAGCUAGAACUGAGGGCUUUCCCGCAGAGCCCUGGCCCCCUGCCCGGCUGUGCGCUUUGCUCACUCUCUGCCACGGAACUGUGAUGGCACUGUGCCUGUGUGUGCUCUGGACUGUGGCAUCCUGCCGCCCCCUCCCGUCCACACCCACUGGCUCCCGCCCCCUGCGAGCCUCUCGGCGGAGAACCCCUUCCCUUCGGAGUCCUUUGUGGUCUUCCCUGGGCCUCCCAGGUUUUCACCUGUUUCCUACUUUUGUACGGGUCAGGAGGGUGGUGAGGGUAGACCUCCUGAGACAAGCAGACCAGGUGGGUGACGGGGAGAGGUGCUGAUGGAGGCAGCCAGCUGUUCGGGGGAUGAUGAAAGGGAUGUGAGGUGGAGGAGAGAAGCCCACAGUGAUGGCCAGAUUUCUUGGCGGAGGACGGAAGGGACUGGCAGGCCCAAAGGGCCACGUCUCUAUGAGGGGCCGGUGGGACAGCUGGUUGCAUCGCCUGUAGCCCCCUGGAGUGGGGUGGUCAGCUGUCUCCAGGGCACGGAUCAGGUCUGGAGGCCCUGGGAGAUGUGUGGAGAGGAGAGGACAUGAGCCCCCGGGCCCUUUUCCCUCUGCAGAUGGCACUGCUGUGGGGGUGGCUCGCUGCCCUCCCCUGACCCUGUGUCUGCCCUGGGCUGGGGACACACACACCUGUGCUGUGCUUGCGUGUGCAUCAAUAAACCACCACGGCCUGAGA